GGUAGAGGGCAGUUUUGUAAAUUGAUAUCGAUAACUUCGUAAAUUACCCAAACUGUCCUAGGCGUGAUUAUCUGUUUGCUGUUGCUGGUAUGAACAAGCCUAUUUAAUUAGAACCAAAAACACAUUUCAAUAAUUUAUUAUUGAAAUAAAUUAUUGACUGGCAGAUAUAGGCAUAACAAUCCCGAAUAGACGAACAAACAUUUGAAUUAAAAAUUCAGGCCUUGAUUGAAAUGUUCUUUUCAAGCCAUGUGGAUGGGCAAAAAUGUCUUAAAUAGACAUUCUGUAACUGCGCAGUGAGUGGAGGAGGUUGGGAACCUGACAGAUUAAGCAACAACCCCCCUCCUCUUGGUGUAGCAGCGUGCGGGCUCCAAGGUAACACACCGUGUACACAGACACAGGAGCCGAUUAAAUAUUUCACUGACCGAAAUCACUGGCCAGAGCGAUGCUGGAUGACAUCCGUGAGGUGAGCUGUGAUAGCCGGUAGGCUGACUUGACUACCAGUGCGCGCUGAACCUGACCAAAGUGAAGAUGCCAGCCGGUGAGGGGAAGUCGGACAUGGACCGGGUCGGUCUCUUCAAGGAGAUGGGCUACAUUUCCAUCGGAGACAAGUACACCCCGUUCACAUACCGUCCUUUUAAUGAGUCCGCCCAGAAAAACAAGCAGAUGAUGACAGGAGGUCCUAAGAGCCGGUCCAGUCUGCAGGCAGGCUAUUUCGAUUCUCAUUUCAAGAGGAUUUUUGAGCGGGAGGCCCUGUCGGACCCAGCGAAGCUGGCCCGGCAGUACCGCAACCAACAAGCCAAGAGGAACAUCGGCAAGGCCUUCCUCCCUAGCAACGGGGAGAAGAAGCCGUCAGGGUCAGGCAGCUAUUAUGGGACUCUGGCUGGUCCUGUCCAGGCCAUGAGCGCUCAGAGGCUACCCAAGAAGCAGCACCCAUCUCCUGGCAGGAACAUUCUCACCAGCCCGCCCAAGAUGGGCAGUGGCUACAGCUACCCUAACGUCACGCUGUCUAAGUUGGAGCCAUUCUCGUCCGACCCGUUUGACCGUGCCAAGGACGUCCUCAAGAUGGAACUAGUCAACCACAGAUCCAGACUGAAGGGAGGCCCAUUCAAACUCAACCUCCAUCCCAAAGACUAUUUCUAUGGCAACCCAUUUCGUCUUGACAGGCCCCUGCCCCCGCCUAAGAGGUCAGAGGCGAGGGAACAUUUCCCAGUUCCCUUCAAACCCUCCUCCCCUAACAAGCAGAUUGGUGGGAUGAAAGCAGGUACGUUUGACACCUACCCCACCCACUCUGCCGACCCCUAUGUCACACGCCGCUCCAAGUCUGUCUCAACGAAUAAGGAGGGCAAGAUCUUCCACCCCACACCGGGACCCAAGAGCACCCCUGUCAAGAGCAUCAUCAGCCUCAACGUUAACAAGGCGGUGCACUCAGCCAACUACACAUCAGCCAUUCCCUCUGUUAUGGCCUUCUAAUUGUACAAGCUCCAACGGUGACACCUGGAUGUUGUAGUUCUAACUAGGAGGUCUAGACUACAUUUCACGAGGACUGUGUUGCCUCCAUCUUCCAGCAAAUAAUUGUACGUUUUUGUUUGCCCACACGCCAUUCAUACAUCAUUGCUAAGAAGCUCAUUCCACGUGAAGUAUGGUCUUUACUGUACUAUGUACUGUUCAUUAUGGACUGUCUUUAGAAAAACCAGAAACGUUUUCUUUGGGACAUAAGGGCAGUCCAGUACAAAAACUACAUAUCAGGCAGUUUAUUGGACAUAAACAGACAGUGAAAUGGACCGACCAACAGAUGAUGCACAAUCAAUGACGAUGGCUUAUACAAUUUGUACAACGGGUUAUUAUCAUUAAAGAAAUACAAAACAC